CCCCCCCCCCCCCCCCCCCUCACCUCAUCUAUAUCACUCGGCCAUUGCCAUUGUUGAUCCGACAACUCACCGCCUCGGACCGUCUCCUCUCUCACUCUUUCUGUGGCUCUGCGGCCCAGCAUCUGCACUCCUCUUCUCUCCUCUCCUCGACUCGACUCUGACCCCCAACAUCUGAAGCUCGCUCGCCCUCACGAGCGGAGCGGUAGGCAUCAACUCAACGCCGACUGACUGACCGAGGAGGAGGAGGAUCACCCAGCACUCUUUCUCUCGCAGCAGCUCUCCAGCAGCUCUCAUCAAUUGCUCAUUGAAAGGAAGGCACCACUCGUGAGAGCUGGUAAUCAUAUGCUUGGGUUAGAUCCGAGUUUUGGCAACAAAACUCACUUACUCACUUAUACGUGCGAGAGAUUCACGUCGCCAAGCUCACGGGCAGUUGAGUGUCGUCGUGGUCGUCGUCAGGAGGGGCUUUAGUGUUGGAGGAGAAGAGGACUCCGAGGAAGAAGAAUCGGGAGACGAAGAGGAGUCGAACGAGAGGCUGGCAGGUAGACAGACUCACACGGACAGACAGGUUGAAGGAGGAGGAGGAAGGAGAAGGUUCGGUUGUGAUUGUGAUUGCGAUUGUGCGUGUGGUGCUGGUGGUGCGCGCGAGGAAGAAGUCUCGGCGUGUUGUCGCUCGAGAACGAAGCGUUUAUCGGGUCCAAGGUCGUGAGUAGGCAUGCAGAUAUUUGUUAAGACCCUGACUGGCAAAACUAUUACCCUGGAGCUGGAGAGGUCAGAUUCCAUAGGCAAUGUCAAGGUGAAGAUCCAAGAUAAGGAGGGGGUUCGUCCCGAGCAGCAGCGCCUGAUUUUCGCAGGGAAACAGCUCGAAGAUGGCCGCACUUUGGGAGACUAUAAUAUUCAAAAGGAUUCCACUUUACACUUGGUGCUCCGCUUAAGAGGAGGUCCGAUCUCGUGGUGACGGCCGCAGGUACCCCACCACCGGCUCUUUCUCUCUCCCACAUUAGCGCGUUUUGUUGGCAAUAAGGAUCCGUCGGCGGAGGGGAGCCAAGGCGGUGCUCGGAGACCGUUGACAUACUUCGAUGGCGACCACCAGGAUACUACGAUUUUGUGAUGCAGUGUGUCUUCUGCCAGAGAAAGGCCUCCCAUGUGACGAACACGGCUGCGAAAUCUCGGCACAAGUUUGCGAGUUCCCGGAAAAUUCAGCAGGAGAAUUACAUGGAAUUUUAUACAUGUUUCAUCUCUCCAUUGUCUUAAUACAAACAUCUGUUAUACUCGAGUUACUACUAUCGUCUGGUGUGUUCUUUCUUCCCGAUUGUCAGACUUGCUUAGAGUGGAGAGAUAAAUCUUUGAUUUCCUACCGGUUUGGGUUCUUUCAGAGAAUAGAAAGGCGCACUCAGGGUUGUCACUGCCGCAUGGUCGCCUCUGUACCGCAGAUGGGACGGCUUUUAGGUAGAAUUCAGUGUUGACCCUGUGAAAAUCAUGAUGACAUUUGUAAUAUAGACAGCAUGCCCUAUGGCAGAUUUCUCUCAAAAUGCCCCCGUGUUCAUGUUGCGCAUGUUCUUCUCGUGGAUUGGAUAUCUUCUCUAGUUGCUAUGGUGUUCCGGAAAUCGUGGAUGAAAUUUUUACAUCGUGUGCAUCAUCAGUUCAAAAGACCACAUCUCAGUGGCCCGGAGAAUGCUACGCAUUGUUCCACUCUCG